UGUCUGUUCAGAAUCAUGUCGUUCUUGAUUCCCAUAGGAAGAUCAUGUGUCCUCAUUCCUCGUUCAUUGAUCAGGCAUAAUAUGCGCUGCAUCUCUUUCUCUGCUGUCACAACUAAACACCACGGUACCAGUCAGAAGAAAAAUACUCCAAACAGCAGCAGUUCAACAAUUGGUCUGCAACCCCAAGCAGUGUCAACAAAAACAACAGCGGCAAAGCAACUUAAAAACCCGUUUGCAACCCCAUCCAAUUCAGUCGUAGCUUAUGUAGGGCCUUAUGCUGGAUCUCUUCGUCAAUGCAAGAGUGUCGCGUUCGUAUUUGCAGCCUGUGGCUGCAUUGCUAUCCCUACUACUCUCUUUCUUGGGAACACAGAACAUUUCUUGGCAAUCGUCGCUGGGGUGAUCUCCUUGUCCCCUUUGGCUCUCCUGCAUGCACUCUUCCGUAACAAUGUAACCAAGAUCCACGUGCAAGGCUCAGCGUCCUCCAAGGUCCCUGCAGCGAUCAAAGUAUCUUCUACGGACCCACUCAAGUUAACGUUUGAGAAGCUAUCUUGGCGAGGUGUACCGUUACAAUCCCAAGUUUUCUCUACAGACUUGUUUGUGCAAUCAGAAUCGGACAAGUCAGUUGUGUGGACCACAACGUCCGCUACGACCCCUCUUCCUACAUCACCUUCUACAUCCUCGAAUUCAUCAUCAUCCAGACUGACUUCGAAAUCAAAGUCAAAAUCAGGACCGAAGCCGACAUCCGUAGCUCUACCACAGCUCCGUAAGGAAACAUAUCGCAUUGAUAAACAAAUGAUGCGUAGUAAUCCUAGCUUUGCAUUUAUAAUAGACCAGAUCGAGUAUCAGUCGCGUCUCUCUCACAACAAGUACACUAAGAGCGAUAAUUCAGCCAAAUAAUCCUGUCAUUUGAAUGCAUAAAAAGCUAAAUAAUCCG